AUGUGUGACGCAUUUUAUCAUUUCAUCAUGGGACUACGUGAGUUUAUAAAGGAGUAUUUUCUUAGUUUCUGGGACUAUGAGACACCAAAGGUGAUGGUGGUUAAAAACAGAACUCUUGGAGUUAUUUACAGAGGCGUUCAGUUUCUUGUGAUCACCUAUUUCAUCUGGUAUGUCUUUAUAAGUCAGAAAGCAUACCAAGAGAGUGAAACCCGUCCAGAGAGCUCGGUUUACACGCUAAUGAAAGGCACGGCAGUUCAUGGUGAUGACAUCCUGGACACUGUGGAGUACGCUCGACCCUCAGAGGGUGGUGAUGUGAUUAGUACAAUAUUGAGACGAGAAGUCACGUAUGAUCAGAGGCAAGGGACCUGUGCUGAGUAUUUCAAAGUUGCCAAUGCCAAAUGUACAAGAGACUCUGACUGUGUCCAGGGGGAGGUUGACUUUGAUGGCCAUGGCAGAAGGACCGGCAGAUGUGUUCAGUACUAUAACCACACCUUCAAAACUUGUGAGAUCCAAACUUGGUGUCCUAUUGAGGAGUAUGCUGUAGUACGUGAACCGGCAUUAGUGGAGGCCAUCAACUUCACAGUGUUCAUCAGGAACUCUAUCCACUUCCCCAAAUUUAAAGUGCUGAGGGGAAAUAUCAAAGAUGCUUCAAAUAAGCGUGGCAUGCAGAAAUACCUCAAUAAGUGUCACUAUGAUGAGGAGAAAGAGCCUUACUGUCCAAACUUCCGCCUGGGCUACAUCGCAGAUCAAGCGCGGGAGAAUUUCAGUGAGCUCUGCAGGACGGGGGGAGUGAUAGGAGUUUUCAUUAACUGGAAGUGUAACCUGGACCUGGAUCCAUCACACUGUAAACCUACAUAUUCUUUCCGCCGUCUUGACCUCAGAAAGGAUCAGGUCAACUCUGGAUACUAUUACCGAUUUGCCAAAUAUUACAAUAAGGAUGGGGUGGAGUCUCGGACACUCAUCAAGGCCUAUGGCAUCCGUCUGGAUGUCAUUGUUCAUGGACAUGCUGGUAAAUUCAGUCCCAUCCCCACCAUCAUCAGCACUGUGACUGCUAUGACUUCAGUUGGGAUUUGCACCAUUAUCUGUGACUGGAUCAUGCUGACGUUUAUUGACAAGAAUGAAAUCUACAGUGAGAGAAAGUUUGAUGAAGUUGUCAAGGUGCCCACAGUGCCCAUUCCCACAGAGCUCAGCUACAUCAACAGCUACGGCUCAAACCACUCAGACCUGUCAGACGGUGUACCACUGUGA